AAUGACAGAUAUAUAGCGAUUGUGUAUCCAUUGAAGCCCCGGAUGUCUAAGAAGAAUGCGGUUUCAAUCAUAUUAAUCAUUUGGUUGUGCGGAUCGUUGUUUGCUUUGCCAACACUUCUCUACUCGAAGACACUGUCGUAUCGAUACGCCAAGAAAGAGAUCCGGACGCUAUGUAUUAUGAUAUGGCCCGACGGUGUGGCCGGACAGUCACACUCCGACAACGUUUAUAACAUAUUGUUCCUAUUGCUCACAUAUGUGGUGCCCAUCGUGUCAAUGGUGUUCACGUAUACAUUGAUAGCGCGAGUCUUGUGGGGACACAAAGGGAUCGGAGAGUUCACCGAAUUUCAGAAAGAGUCCAUUCGGUCGAAGAGAAAGAUUGUGCGGAUGCUUAUGGUUGUGGUCGCUAUCUUUGCCAUUUGCUGGGAAAUGUCUCACAUGCUUCCGUAUCAUUUGUAUUUCCUCUAUACAUACAAAUUCCCAGAAGUGGUUCACUUGCCGUUCAUUCAACACAUUUAUUUAGGUAUAUAUUGGUUAGCGAUGUCCAACUCUAUGAUAUUGUUGGGCAAGAAAGACAGGAAUUUUGAA